AUGGCAGCCAGCGUAGAUUUUUCGACUGUUAUCGUUCCCAGCGAGGGGCUGCCGACUCCGCCAAGCCAUAUCCUCGCCUUGCCACAUGAGUUGCUCAGCAUGAUUGUGUCGGAGUGCGAUCCAAACGAUCUGAAGAACGUACGCCUGACAUUCAAACUGAUGCAUGCCAUUUCGAUCAAGCACUUUGGGCGCAAGAAGUUCUCUCGUCGUCGAUUCGUAUUCACCUUUGAAAGUAUGAAGGCACUACUUGACAUCACAGCGCAUCCGGUAUUUGGUCCUGGUCUGAAGUGCAUCACUUUCGGUACCUAUCGGAUGGCUCCGUGGAAUGACUGUGAAAUUGAGGAUGAGCAUAGCGACGAUCCGAACGUACUGCACGAUCAGAUUGAUUACAAGCACCAAAAGUUCAUCCAUUGCAAUGAUCAUGUCAAGAUGUUGGUAUUGAGUCUCGAGAAUCUCACCCGAUGUGGAAACACAGAGGUCGUUCUGGGCAUUCAUGAUGACAUUCACGGUAUUGAGGUGAGACGUCCAGGAUACGCUUUCAAGGCUUCCUACCGAGGAUACCCCUUGAAGAUCGUGGACCCUCGGGAGACCAUUGACGCAGUGACUGAAGCCGCAUCUCGCAGCAAGUAUGCAAUCAAGGCUCUUAAACUCUGCCUCUCCUCAUCAUCCUACAGCUUGAGAAACUUGGUGGGUAGCGAACGAGACGUGCUCCACGAGAUUUUGAGUGCAAAGAAACAGCUGCGAGAAAGACAAGGUCGAAAGAUGGAUCUUCACUUAAAUGUCUGGCUAUCGCAGUCGUACACCAAGAUGAAGAUUCUUUCCAACGCUACUCGUCUCGAGUUGUCAAGAUACUCUUUCAACAGAUCGGUACCACAAGAACGUUUCCAGAUCUUUGACCAGCUCAGCCACGGGGAGUUGUGGGAUACCGUAAGCUCCACGGCUCUAGACACCAUAGUUAUCAGGAACUCGGCCGGCGGAUACGACGAAUUUACAGACUUCCUACGAAGACACAAGCGUUCGUUGACAACAUUUGAACUUGAGGGAUUCGACUUCUUAUUGGAUGAAUUCCCCACGGCCUUGUUGGCUCUGAGAUUCCUCCGAUUUCUAAAGUCUGACUUCCAACUGAGCUGUUUGUCCAUGGAGAAAUUGACUGUAAGAGAAACUCUUGAGGUACCAGACUCAGGCAGAGUGGUGUAUCAUGGUGCUGAACAGGUUGAUGAGGGACUGCAAAGUCUGAUUGAAGAGGCUGAGGAAAUGUAUGGAGACGAAUCAGUCGUGCUGAAAGAAGCAUAUGAGCAGGAUGGCUUGACGUGGAGCUAG